UUAUUUUUUUAGCAUACGAGGGAUGGGUGUUCUAAUGUUACAAUUCAAAUAGAAAAAUACAUUAAUCAGUUGUGUUCCUGUUCAGCAGAAAAUGGAUUCCAUGAAUUGAAAAUGUGCACAUAAGAGAGGUGUACAAAUACAUUCUAUGAUUGAAUUUGCUUGACAAAAUUACAAUGCUUGAUCUGUUGCAAUAAUGUAACUCGAAUCAUGAAGAAUGAUCAUCUUGCCCCUAGCUAAGGGUGAAGAAAUGAAUAAUAGAUAUAACUUAUGAUAUGUCAUCAGAGAGGAUGACAUGGUUGUAUGAUUUAAAUCCAGCAUAAGAUUUGGCCAAAAGAGGCCUUGAUAAGAUAAAAGAAACACAAGAACAUAUUCUUUAAUUGUGUUUUCUGGAAUUGUAUAAAAUCAAAUCCCACAUUACAAGGAAUUGUCUGACUCCAACCUUUCAAUAUAAAGCAAUUCUGAAAAAAGAAGAUCCUUAUCUUAUCUUCAGAAAAAAAGAGAGGAUGGUGGGUGGAAAAGAAGAGGAAGCACUUAUUCUCGAGCUAGUGCUCUGUCUGCAAGUCAGCUAGUAUGCCGAGAAGCAUUAGAAGGGUCAGCUUGCCAAUAAAAAGGACCAUCCCUCCUUUGUAAGCGUCAAGAAGUCAAGGCGACGAAAGAAACGAGUAAUUAAGUUUAAGACUAUUGUUCCUCCAUCUGGAUCAACUCCUCGGAGGUAAGGGAUAUAUUUUGAAUUCACGAGGAAUGAAUUUGUUUACAUGUCAAUGGAGACCUUCAAACUAUGAACCGAAAGCCCUCAUAUUUCUAUGCCAUGGAUAUGCUAUGGAAUGCAGCAUUUCAAUGAGAGGCACAGGUACUAGGUUGGCGCAUGCUGGAUUUGCUGUGCAUGGAAUGGAUUAUGAAGGCCAUGGAAAGUCCUCUGGACUUCAGGGCUAUAUUACAAGUUUCAAUGACAUUGUAGUUGAUUGCUUGAAGUACUUUGCAAGUGUUUGUGAGAAAGUAGAGUACAAGAACCAAAGGAGAUUCUUGCUUGGAGAAUCCAUGGGGGGAGCUGUUGUGCUUAUGCUUCAUAGGAAGGAACCUACUUAUUGGGAUGGGGCCAUUUUAGUUGCUCCAAUGUGCAAGAUUGUAGAAGAUAUGAAGCCUCACCCCAUUGUGAUUUCUAUUCUAAGCAAGCUCAGCAAUGUGAUCCCUACAUGGAGAAUCAUCCCCAAUGAAGAUAUCAUUGAUAGGGCAAUUAAAAGCGAGGAAUGGCGUGAAGAGGUAAGAAAUAAUCAUUAUUGCUACAAGGGAAAGCCUAGGCUAAAGACUGGUUAUGAACUUUUCAUGGCAAGCUUGGAUAUCGAAAACAAUCUUGACAAGGUUACUCUACCGUUCAUCAUAGUCCACGGUGGUGGUGAUGCUGUGACUGACCCAUCUGUAAGUGAGGCACUAUAUACAUUAGCGGAGAGCAAGGAUAAGACACUAAAGUUGUACCCAGGGAUGUGCCAUGCUUUGACUUCUGGUGAACCUAAGGAGAACAUUGAUAGUGUGUUUUCAGACAUCAUCAAAUGGCUGAAUGAGAGGGUAUCAACUUCGUAACAUAAGCGUGGUCGAUGCUUACAGUUAACAUUAGAUCAGAUAGUGACUUUAGUGAAAACAAACAAACAUUGUUUGUUUCCUAUACCGUCUUGUAUAUAAUUAAUGUCUUAUAUACAACAGCUGUAACGAAAAUGUUGGAUAUCAAAUUGUUGAUGUGAGUGCUAGUUUGUAGUUA